UACAUACAUAAUCUAUCCACCCAUCUAUUGAUAGGUCAGCCCUGUGAUUGACUUUGGGAAGACCCUUCAGGUGGUGGCUAGGAGCGCAGGCUAGGGACCUGAGUUCCUCUGUAACUUUAAGAGUGUUCCCACAUUAACUACCUCUCAAGUAUGGGAACAGCAAUAGUGUCCACCUUGUGGGGUUGUUGUGAGGAUGACAUGAAUUGAUGUCUGCAAAUCACCUACCACAGUGUUGGAUGCCAUAGACGCUCAGCAGUUAUCGGCUGUCAUUGUGGUGGGACCUGUUCUGUUCUGCCUUCUCUGGUUCUGACAGUUUUUCAUGGACAGGCUGACCUGCUGGGAAGGUGUGGGGCACCAGAGGUAUGGGAGGCCGCUCCUCCUCCCAGGGGCCCUGGGGGAAGCAAGCAGGAAUGUGGGAGCAUGUGGAAAUUCCUGACUUUGGAGCCUCUCUGGCAAGAGUAGCACCAUCUAUAUUAACUUGGCUUUGCUUUGUUACCUUUAGGGUCUUCUAGCCACUGACUCAUCUCUAGCUGAUGCUGGGGAAAUGGCAGCUGCUGCUAAUGCAGCCUUGGAGAUAGCACGUGCCCACUCAGCACUGUUACUUAGAAGAUAGAAUCAAGAGGAGCCGCCCCUCUGGGAGCCGGCGUGGGGCGAGGAGCCAGGACCUCCCCCCGCCCGGGAUGACCGCAGCUGGCCGGGCCACCCCCUACAGCAUCGUGUCAUUGUCGGAGGACGGGCUGCACCUGGUCACAAUGUCGGGCACCAAUGGCUUCGGCAACGGCAAGGUGCACACGCGGCGCAGGUGCCGGAACCGAUUCGUCAAGAAGAAUGGCCAGUGCAACAUCGAGUUUGCCAACAUGGACGAGAAGUCACAGCGCUACCUGGCUGACAUGUUCACCACCUGCGUGGACAUCCGCUGGCGCUACAUGCUGCUGCUCUUCUCGCUGGCCUUCCUCGCCUCCUGGCUGCUCUUCGGCAUCAUCUUCUGGGUCAUCGCCGUGGCGCACGGUGACCUGGAGCCAGCGGAGGCCGGCGGCCGCCCGCCCUGCGUGCUGCAAGUCCACGGCUUCAUGGCCGCCUUCCUCUUCUCCAUCGAGACACAGACCACCAUCGGCUACGGGCUGCGCUGUGUGACCGAGGAGUGCCCUGUGGCCGUCUUCAUGGUGGUGGCACAGUCCAUCGUGGGCUGCAUCAUCGACUCCUUCAUGAUCGGCGCCAUCAUGGCCAAGAUGGCCCGGCCCAAGAAGCGGGCGCAGACGCUGCUGUUCAGCCACCAUGCGGUGGUGGCGCUGCGGGACGGCCGGCUCUGCCUCAUGUGGCGCGUGGGAAAUCUGCGCAAGAGCCACAUUGUGGAGGCCCACGUGCGGGCCCAGCUCAUCAAGCCCCGGGUCACGCAGGAGGGCGAGUACCUCCCGCUGGACCAGCUGGACAUGGACGUGGGCUUUGACAAGGGCCUGGACCGCAUCUUCCUGGUGUCGCCCAUCACCAUCCUGCACGAGAUCGACGAGGCCAGCCCGCUGUUCGGCAUCAGCCGGCAGGACCUGGAGGCGGACGACUUCGAGAUCGUGGUGAUCCUGGAGGGCAUGGUGGAGGCCACGGCCAUGACCACGCAGGCCCGUAGCUCCUACCUGGCCAGCGAGAUCCUCUGGGGCCACCGCUUCGAGCCCGUCCUCUUUGAGGAGAAGAACCAGUACAAGAUCGACUACUCGCGCUUCCACAAGACCUACGAGGUGCCCGCCACACCCCGCUGCAGCGCCAGGGACCUGGCGGAGAACAAGUUCCUGCUGCCCGGCACCAGCUCCUUCUGCUACGAGAACGAGCUGGCCUUCCUGAGCCCUGACGAGGAGGACGGGGCCGAGGACGAC